UAGUUGCUUUCACCGCCAUUUUCUCUGGCAAACAAGAAACAAAAACAGAGUUGUUAGGCUGAUGAAGUCAACAACUCGCCGAACCUAACAUUAACCUAAAGCAACCCACUUUCGUUAUUAUAACAUUUAAAUAAAAUAUUUUAACCUAUAUUAUCUGUUAUAGCCCAUAAAAGUGAAUAAUUUUGUAACCUUAUUAUAUAUACACCUCCUCAUCUUCAUCCAUUAUUAACGUCACUUUACCCUUAAACCAGUUUUUCCUCCACCCAAAAAUAAAGAAACACUGAAAAUGAAGAGCCAAGUUGUAAUCAAAUGGGUUUUAGUACUCAUCGGAGCAAUCAUCUUCUGCAUAGAAGCUGAGACAAUCAACGAAGAUAAACACACUCUUCUUCAAUUCGUUAGCAGCAUCAGUCACUCUCAUUCACUCAACUGGUCACCAACUCUUCCUAUAUGUACCAAAUGGACCGGCGUUACGUGCGACUCCCACCGUUCCAGUGUCGUCGGUCUUCAUUUAGUAGCCACGGGUCUUCUUCGUGGGCAUGGCGAGCUAAGCACCAUAGCCAGGUUAACUAAUCUUCGGGUUCUCAUUCUCAGUUCUAACAACAUCUCUGGACCUUUCCCUUCAAGUUUACACGGUUUCAAGAACUUGGCCGAGCUUAAACUAGACUCCAACGAGUUUUCUGGUCCUCUGCCUUCUGAUUUCUCUUCUUGGGAGCAUCUACGAGUUCUUGAUCUCUCUAAUAAUCGUUUUAAUGCUAGUAUCCCAUCUUCGUUUGAGAAGCUAACUCAGUUACACACUCUGAAUCUCGCGAAUAACAAGUUCUCGGGUGAGAUUCCGAAUCUACAUAUUCCGGGUCUGAAGCUGCUGGACUUAGCUCACAACAAUCUGACAGGAACCGUACCCAAGUCACUUCAGAGGUUUCCACUCUCAGUAUUUGUCGGAAACAAUCUGAUUCAUGUUCCUACAUCAUUAAGGAGACAAACAAAACACCACCACAAUCACACAGUUCUUGGCAUAGUAUUAAGUACGUGUUUUGUGCUGCUAGCUCUGCUCGCUAUCUUCUUGGUAAUAAGCCAUAACAGAGAAACGCAAAGAUCUACAAAGGAAAAACCUAUCAAGAGGAGGAAGGAUUCAGAUCCAAACCUGGGUGGAGGAGAUAACAAGAUUGUGUUCUUCGAAGGGAAGAACCUUGUCUUUGACCUAGAAGACUUGUUGAGAGCUUCUGCAGAAGUUCUAGGGAAGGGGCCAUUUGGGACAACCUACAAGGUUGAUCUCGAGGACUCAGCGACCAUCGUUGUGAAAAGGAUCAAGGAAGUGUGUGUGUCUCAGCGAGAAUUCGAGCAGCAAAUAGAACAUCUUGGCAACAUCAAGCAUGAGAAUGUUGCCACUUUAAGAGGAUAUUACUACUCCAAGGAUGAGAAGUUAGUGGUUUAUGAUUACUACGAACAUGGAAGUCUAUCAAGUUUACUACACGGUCAGAGAUGUCUCAGGAAUCGAAAACCUCUAGAUUGGGAAACUAGAUUGAAUACCGUGUAUGGAGCAGCAAAAGGAGUAGCUCAUAUCCACUCACAAAGCGGAGGCAAACUAGUCCAUGGGAACAUCAAAUCCUCAAAUGUUUUCCUCAACGCAAAAGGAAAUGGCUGCAUCUCAGGAGCAGGAAUGUCCACGCUGAUGCAUUCACUACCCCGGCAUGCAUUUGGCUAUCGUGCACCAGAGAUAACAGACACGAGAAAGGGGAGUCAACCGUCGGAUGUGUAUAGUUUCGGUGUCUUGAUAUUUGAGGUAUUAACAGGAAAGUCAGAGGUGGCUAACCUGGUGAGGUGGGUGAACUCGGUGGUUAGAGAGGAAUGGACAGGAGAGGUGUUUGAUGAAGAGCUUAUGAGGUGUACUCAAGUAGAGGAAGAGAUGGUGGAGAUGCUUCAGAUUGGUAUGGUUUGCACGGCGAAGUUACCAGAAAAGAGACCAAACAUGAAUGAGGUAGUGAGAAUGGUGGAAGAGAUGAGACCGGAGAAGUUAGUAAGCGGAAAUAGAUCAGAGGUUUCCACAGGCUCAACUCCAAUAGGAAGUCUAUCAGGGUCGCCAUAUAUACUGUAA